AUGGCUAAGUUGAUCCAAGUCCGAUCCAAUGGUGGCGACAUCAUCGACGAGAGAACCAUCCGAGAGAUUAUCGACAGCAACUCCGAAUACUCCUUCCUACCUUCCCCUCUCAUCUUCCCUCCCAUCUACAUGCUCAAGGGCCCUGAGGAGCUCGCAACGAAGCUCCGUGAGAAGCUUGGAAAUGGAGCCAGCGUUGAGGUCCUCCAGGAUAUCGACGAAUAG